AGAGGAUAAGUUGAGGGAACAUGGCGACGUCUAAUUUGCUAAAGAACAAAGGCUCCCUUCAGUUUGAGGAUAAAUGGGACCUGAUGCGUCCCAUAGUACUGAAGCUCCUGCGGCAGGAGUCCGUCACCAAACAACAGUGGUUUGACCUGUUCUCAGACGUCCAUGCUGUAUGCCUGUGGGAUGACAAAGGUCCCGCUAAGAUACACCAGGCCCUCAAAGAGGACAUCCUAGAUUUCAUCAAACAAGCACAAGCACGGGUGUUGAGUCACCAGGAUGACACAGCGCUGCUGAAAGCCUACAUAGUGGAGUGGAGGAAAUUCUUCACACAGUGUGACAUCCUGCCCAAGCCUUUCUGCCAGCUGGAGAUUACUCUGAUGGGCAAGCAAGGAAGCAACAAGAAGUCCAACGUGGAGGACAGCAUCGUCCGCAAGCUGAUGCUGGACACGUGGAACGAGUCCAUCUUCUCCAACAUUAAAAACCGGCUACAGGACAGCGCCAUGAAGCUCGUCCACGCUGAGAGGCUGGGAGAGGCAUUUGACUCCCAGCUGGUCAUUGGAGUGCGAGAGUCCUACGUGAACCUGUGCUCCAACCCCGAUGACAAGCUGCAGAUCUACAGGGACAACUUUGAGAAGGCGUACAUGGAUUCUACUGAGAGGUUCUACAGGACACAGGCACCCGCCUACCUCCAGCAAAAUGGGGUCCAAAACUACAUGAAAUAUGCUGAUUCAAAGCUGAGAGAAGAAGAGAAACGUGCACUUCGAUACCUGGAGACGAGACGUGACUGUAACUCUGUACAAGCAUUAAUGGAGUGCUGCGUCAAUGCGCUGGUAACAUCAUUCAAGGAGACCAUCUUAGCUGAGUGUCCAGGCAUGAUCAAACGAAAUGAGACAGAGAGUGAGUACGGCAGGACUGCUCCCACCAAAGGCUCAGCCAGCUCAGAGCUGCACCUGAUGUUCUCUCUGAUGGACAAAGUGCCCAGCGGCAUCGAGCCCAUGCUGAAGGACCUGGAGGAGCACAUCAUGAGCGCUGGCCUGGCUGAUAUGGUGGCUUCAGCAGAGACAAUCACCUCUGACUCAGAGAAAUAUGUGGAGCAGCUGCUCACCUUGUUUAACCGCUUCAGUCGCCUGGUGAAAGAGGCCUUUCAGGACGACCCACGCUUCCUGACAGCCAGAGACAAAGCGUACAAAGCUGUUGUGAAUGACGCCACUAUAUUUAAAUUAGAACUUCCUUUGAAGCAGAAAGGGGUAGGUCUGAAAACUCAACCAGAAUCUAAAUGUCCAGAGCUGCUGGCCAACUACUGUGACAUGCUCUUGAGGAAGACCCCGCUGAGCAAGAAGCUCACCUCUGAAGAGAUUGAGGCCAAGCUCAAGGAAGUGCUGUUAGUGCUGAAGUACGUCCAGAACAAAGACGUGUUCAUGCGCUACCACAAAGCCCACCUGACCCGUCGGCUCAUCCUGGACAUCUCAGCGGACAGUGAGAUAGAGGAGAACAUGGUGGAGUGGCUCAGGGAAGUAGGAAUGCCAGCUGACUAUGUCAACAAGCUGGCCAGGAUGUUUCAAGACAUCAAGGUGUCAGAGGACCUCAACCAGUCGUUCAAAGAAAUGCAUAAACACAACAAGCUGGCUUUACCAGCCGACUCUGUCAACAUAAAGAUCCUGAAUGCUGGAGCUUGGUCGAGGAGCAGCGAGAAGGUUUUCGUCUCUCUUCCUACAGAGCUGGAGGACUUGAUACCAGAGGUAGAGGACUUCUAUAAGAAGAACCACAGUGGCAGGAAGCUUCACUGGCAUCACCUCAUGUCCAACGGCAUUAUAACCUUUAAGAAUGAGGUGGGCCAGUAUGAUCUGGAGGUGACCACCUUUCAGCUGGCUGUGCUGUUUGCCUGGAACCAGAGGCCCAGGGAGAGGAUCAGCUUUGAAAACCUCAAGCUCGCCACUGAGCUGCCGGACGCAGAGCUGCGGCGCACUCUCUGGUCUCUGGUGGCGUUUCCCAAGCUGAAGCGGCAGGUGUUGUCGUACGACCCGGUGGUGUCUUCACCUAAAGACUUUGCAGAAGGAACACUAUUCUACGUCAACCAGGAGUUUUCUCUCAUAAAAAACUCAAAGGUUCAGAAAAGGGGGAAGAUUAACCUGAUUGGUCGGCUGCAGCUCACCACAGAGCGAAUGAGAGAGGAGGAGAACGAGGGCAUCGUCCAGCUCAGGAUACUAAGAACACAGGAGGCCAUAAUCCAGAUCAUGAAGAUGAGGAAGCGCAUCAACAACGCCCAGCUGCAGACGGAGCUGGUAGAGAUCCUAAAGAACAUGUUUUUACCACAGAAGAAGAUGAUCAAGGAGCAGAUCGAGUGGCUGAUAGAUCACAAGUACAUAAAGCGGGAUGAGACCGAUAUAAACACCUUCAUCUACAUGGCAUAGCACAACACAUUAGGAUGACUUGUGUUGACUUUGGUUUCCGUGGAUCAGGCCUGAUGGACACUAGAGUACUUCCAGGCUCCCCGUCCUCUAUUUAAAAAAAAAAAAACAAACAAAAAAAACAAAAAACAAUCCAAACUUGUGCAGGGAGGCAUGAAUUUAAGACUGAGACCUAUUUAAAAAAAAGUGGAACUUCCUGCCUUAAAGUUGUACAAAGAAAAAAAGAAGAAUGCGAAAGUUGGAGUGGGAGUCUGCACCAAGUGGUUGUAACUGUUUUUAGUUGGAGGGAGUUUCCUUUGCUGUCCAGAUGAGACUGUUAAUUGUUCGUGGUCUGUUUUUGAUGCCAUGGUGUGUCAUCUGGGUAGCUACUACAACACUCCUGCUCGAUGCUUGUGCAAGUCUGAAGGCAUGCUGACAGGAAAAGAUGAGGAACUUUGGAUCUCAAAAUAUCUGCAGUCCAGUUUUAACCCACGUCAAACCCAGACCGCCUGAACCUUGAACAAAACACAGCCCUCUUCACUCAAAGGCGACGCUGCUUUAAUCCAGCGAGUUGGUGUAUCGCGGGGGCCCUGAUGCUGUCGUGACUCCCUGCAGUCAUAGUUAAAGUGAUCAAGCACUUAAUCCGGACAUUCAGAUAAGCACUUCACAGUUUGCAGGACUGAACCAGACAGCAAUGUAGAGCCGACUCUGAACCACGUCACGCCUCUGUCCAUGGGUAAAAAAAUAGAAAAAAGGACAAGGUGGGAAAAAAUUAGCAUAAUGCUAUAAUCCAGAGUCCAUUUCCCUCCACCAGAUGUACCCAGGGACAGAGGUGGCGAUGGAGUUAAAAUGGGAGCUCAGCUCAUGUUUGCGAAAGCCCUUUUUCUGCAGGAAGCCUGGGAGAAGAGGCUGAGGUCAGUAUUACACACAGUAAAUACUACAAUUCAAAACUAUCAGAAAGUGUACCAUGAGAUGUGAAUAAUGAAAUGAUUAAAUAAACAGCACCUUAUUAUAAAACUA